UUGUAUCCUGCUCGUUGAUCAAAUUUCAGAUUUCGUGUUCUUUCAUUCUUUGAUGCACACAGAAGAGAGUGAGAAGGCAAAACGAACUUAAUACCAACACUCUAAUCCUGGGAGAAGCCCAACGACAUUGAAUUGGUUCUCUUCCUAAUUCUAACUUUCUAAGCUCGAAUCUUGCAUCAAUGGCGUCUUGAUUUGAAUUUACCUGUAUCAGCAGUUCUCUUGAGAAGCGUUUGGCUCGUAUGAAGUGUGUACUUGGUCAGAUUCCUCCUCUAAUUGUCCAUUCAGCUGUCCUUGAUGUUUUGGCGUGUAGCAGACCCAUUGGCACAUUUGUAGGCAUUGGUGUUACGAGCGAUCUAUGGCGGUGAUUGCUCGAUGUCCAGACGUAGAAGAAGGCGACAAGGGAGGAACAUAAUUCUUCGGUUCAAAGAGUUUUUCCUGUAUCACGUUGGAGCUGAAAGCUUGUCACUCAAGAAGAAGUGGUAUUAUGGCAGGAGGGGACGAAAGGGUUGAACUCAAGUUCCGCAUCUUUGAUGGAACCGAUAUUAGUCAUAGUACCUACGCUUCGUCUACUACUAUUGCAACACUCAAGGAUAGACUAGUUGCCGAAUGGCCUCAAGACAAAACAAUCAUACCCAAGUCAGUAAACGAUGUGAAACUCAUUUACUCUGGGAAAGUUUUGGAGAACAGCAAGACACUUGCCGAGUCCAGAAUACUUUUUGGUGAUCUUCCUGGUGGGGUUAUUACAAUGCAUGUGGUAGUGCAGCCACCUCUAGCAAGAAAGAAGACCGACAAAAACCAGGAGGAGAUGCCAAAGCAAAACAUGUGCUCGUGUACAAUCCUUUAACAAGAGUUGCUUCUUUAUACCACAACUAGAGAGGAAAUCCGCCCAAUUUUUUUGUCAGAUUUUUUUUUUCCCACCAGAGUUACUUGGACCGAUAUUUCCCCAUUCUCCCUGUUUUUUGUUUUACAUGGUGGCCGUUGUUGUUGCGUUCCCAUGUUGUAAUCAUUUUCUUUGUACAAUUUAGCGCUAGUGUCAUUAUGUGAAAUGAAGCCAAUCCUUGUUUUUUUA